AGCGUUUGACGUUUGCAAUUGCAUAGCUUGUUUUCUCAUCAUCAAUGGUGCUCCUCCUCCUUGGUGCGCGCCAUCUCAUAUAACAGAACACAACCUCUCUCUCUCUCUCUCUCUCUGUAUUCACUUAUUUAGAAUUUCUAUUCUUUUCUUUCUUUCUCGUCUUCAAUACUUGACGCAUUCCUUCAUUCUUACUCUUACCCUUUCGCCUCACUCUCGGAUUCAUUCCCUUCCCUCUCUUUUCUUUAUUCCUUUUUUAUUUGUUUAUACUAUACUUUUUAGUUUUAAUUAAACAAAACCACCACCACCACCCACCGCUGUGCUGCGCGCAGAAUCAAUUCAUCUCACAAUUAGGGCUUCUCCUUUCCAUGGGCAACAUCUCAAGCAGCGGCGCUAACCCCCACCGCCGCCACACCGGAGCUCUAAGGCGGGCCCACCCCCCGCCGCCUCCGCCGGUGACUCCGCAGCCGGAGAUCGCCGGGAAUCCAUUCGUGUACCCUGGUGCCGCACCGUACCCGAACCUUUCCCUGCAUUACACGCAGUACCAUUACCCCGGUUACUACCCUCCGGUUCCCGUGCCUCAUCCUCACCCGCACGUGAACCCCACGUGGCCUCCGGGGCGUUACCCUUGUGGACCGGUGAUGCCUGAUCCUGCACCCUUCGUUGAGCAUCAGAAAGCCGUUACCAUAAAGAACGAUGUCAAUAUCAGGAAAGAGUCCCUUAGGCUUGAGCCCGAUGAGGCUAACCCUGGUCACUUCCUUCUAUCAUUUUCCUUUGAUGCUACUCUUUCUGGGAGCAUCACCAUAUAUUUCUUUGCAAAAGAAGGUGAAGACUGCAUCCUCACACCAACAAAGGAAAACCAUCUUGCACCAGUGACUGUGCAUUUCCAGCAAGGUCUUGGCCAGAAGUUUAGACAGCCAACUGGAACUGGUAUUGAUUUUUCGGUUUUUGAGGAGUCUGAGUUAUUGAAAGUGGGUGACCUGGAUGUCUACCCUCUAGCAGUAAAGGCAGAUGCAUCCCCUGGUAAUCAUGAUGAGUCAGAUAGAACUCCAACAUCUGGUAACACAAACUCGCAGACUACCCAAGCGGUGUUUGAGAAGGGGAAAGGAGAGUUCCGGGUGAAAGUUGUUAAGCAGGUCUUGUGGGUGAAUGGAAUAAGGUAUGAGCUCCAGGAGAUAUAUGGCAUUGGAAAUUCAACGGAGAGUGAAUUGGAUGAGAGUGACCAAGGAAAAGAAUGUGUCAUCUGCUUGUCAGAGCCCCGUGAUACAAUUGUCCAUCCCUGUCGGCAUAUGUGUAUGUGUAGCGGAUGUGCAGAGGUUCUGAGGUUCCAGACAAAUAGAUGCCCAAUUUGCAGACAACCUGUUGAGAGGCUUUUGGAGAUAAAGGUAGGGCCUGAGGAGUGAAGAAGAUACAUUGUUAACUCCUCAAGCUUCCUGUACAGUCCAACUGUUAUACAUUAACAUAUCUCCGUCUUCUUUUCAUGGUUUCACCUUACUUUUCUGUAUUUUUCAAUAAUCAGAAAAAACAAAGGAAAAUGGAAUUUAUACAUGACUUGUGAUUCAACAUGAACAGGCUGGCAUUGCACAUAACUUGUACAAGACAAUGCCUCCAAUGAGCUUGUUUGUCUGUGCUUUUAAAUGGGUUCAUUCUAUAUGGUUAAAUAUAUUUCUCUUGGGGUGAUGACAUUUUAUUUUCCACUUUCAAAAA